UACAGCAUCACUCGGCCAGUAACAUGUGUAGCUAUAUAGGUUGAUAAUAACACGAACGGAUGAAUGUUACCGUUAUGAAGUGGAUAAAGGUGUUCCUACUGACGAUCGGCGUUGUGCAUGCUUCCUGUCCACACGAAGAUCCAGCACUCCGGCCAUGGUCGAACCCUGGCAGCUGGCCGAGCGGAAUGAUUCCAGGCUUCAUGGAAGAGGUGAAGAUUCAUACUGCUAUUUUAUUGGACAUCACCCCGCCAGCAUUAAAAAGCUUGACAAUAUCGCAUGGUGGCCGGCUGGUAUGGAAACCCACAGGGAGAGUCAACCUGACAGUGGGGUUUCUUCUCAUACAAGGACGGAUGGAUAUUGGGUCGGAUGACUGCAAGUAUGGAGGAAGGACCAUUAUCACUUUUACAGGUAAACGUGGUGAAUAUGAUGUAAUUGGCUUUGGAGAGAAGUUUAUCGGCGUGGACAGUGGAGGUAUACUUGAGCUUCACGGACGAGAAAAGGUGUCAUGGACAAAGCUAAACAGGACUGUGCCCAAACUAACUCAGGGGCAUGGAUAUGUGUACAGCCAUAAGGAAAGUCAUUUGUGGAAGAAGGAUGAUUGGAUGGAAGGCGUCGGAGCCUAUGUGAUCGAUCCAAUGACGGAUGAGGUAGAAACAUUUCGGAUGUUCUAUCUGAGUGGCAGGAAUGAACAGAUGACGAAAUAUCACAUUCGAGAUGUACGACCAUUCUUGAAAGCUAUUCUUCCUGGAAAACUCCUGUUCCUUUCGGUACAACACUCCCUCGUAAACUCGUCAGAUCUAUCUUGGGUAUUCGACGAGCUAGAGGCGUUUGCGUUUGGUUCUGUUUCCGGACAAGGGUUAUUCCGAAAGGUACAGGAUGGUGACGCCUACGUCAUGAUAGCGAAGGCAGGGGAUCCAUCGUUUACUAUUGAACGUAAACACAACGGUUCAUUGAGCAAAAUAUCUUCAAUAUCAGCGAAGUGUACCAAUUGGAACAAGAGACGGAAGUACAUUGUUGAGAGUUACAUCGACAAGUUGGAGAAAUGGAAGUCGCAUAUUGACCUUCGUAUCCUGGAUACUGAUUACGCUUACCCCAAACUCGACGUUAUUGAUGACGUCACAUCAUGGGAUGUUGGAGAUUCAGUGGUGUUGACUUCGACUGAUUUUAAAUGGGAACAAGCAGAAGAGGCGACGGUGGUACCGUGUUUGGAGUGUAAAUCUCACCAGCUGAGAAUUGACUUAGAGACGAAGUACACCCACUGGGGAGAAAUGAUAAACAAUGUAGACUGUCGUGGGGAAGUGGCAAUGUUAUCUCGAAAUAUAGUCCUACAGGGACAGGUAGAGGAUGCAUGUCCCCCAGAGAACGGGAACUGUGACGCCUACCCCUACGAUACGUUUGGGGCACAUAUGAGGAUUCAGCCUAAUUUCUGGAGUGUCCAUGUACAAGGUGUGGAAAUAAAACAUUUUGGAUCGCAAACGGAAUUGAGAAGAUAUCCUAUCCAUUUCCACAUGUCCGGAGACGUGGAUGAUCAAGUGAGAUAUCCAAACCCGCCUUACGUGGUCAACAACUCUAUACACCACACCUUCGCCAGGUGUUUGGUCGUCCACGCUACACACGGAUUACAGGUAAAAGAUAAUGUAUGCUAUGAUUGUCUUGGGCAUGCGUUUUAUAUCGAGGACGGAGGAGAGAAGAGAACGGUUUUAGAUGGUAACCUUGGAGCCAGCACAAGGAAAGGAUCGCUAAUCCCCGCAGACACAACUCCGUCGACCUUCUGGAUCACUAACCCUCUGACUUUCGUGCGUAACAAUGUUGCCGCCGGAAGUGAAAACACCGGAUUUUGGUUUGUUUUCCCUGACUCGCCGAUUGGACUCUCAAAGGGCCUUGGUUUCAUGGCGAAAGACGAGGCAAGGAGGACGGCUAUAUCAGAGUUUAGUAAUAAUGUGGCUCACUCUAACUACGUGCACGGGGUAAACAUUGACCAAAAGUUGCUUGCUAAUUUUUCUAUCGGUUCCACCAAUGCUUACGAGCCAAAAGAGGAUCCGCUGAAUGAGAUGUCACCGGAUAAAGAAGUAUUAAUAGACAGACUUACAUGUUUCAAGAACAACAUGCACAAUGCCUGGAUACGUGGAGGUCAAAUACACAUAACACGAUCAUCGUUUGCAGAUAGCGCUAAGGCGUUAACAUUCGCACGGAAUGGGGAACAAGUUCAAUUUCUAACUGACUCGGUAAUCAUUGGAGAGAGUGCUAAUGUCGGUGAUGAUACGAAGUUGUACAACAUGUCAAGCAAGCAGUGGUUCUCUGUUCCACGGUCAAUGUCUAUACCUUGGGAUAUACAUCACCCUGUCAUGGGAUUCACUGUCUAUGACGGCCCUAUUCAUCUUAACAACAUAUGGUUCGGUGGCUUUGGGAUCAAUCCUAAUUACACUCUGAGCGCUAUAGGUUUCCAGCUCCAAAACAAGUUUCCAAGCUCCCCUGUUACGUCAGUCUCCCGGCUAAUGUUCGGCUUCGACGAUGAGGUUCUGGUGGGUAAACGUAUAUAUGACGGUAAUGCCCAGAAAGCAGGUUAUGCUAAGUUUGCCGGCGACCAGGGGGCGACUUGUAGAGACACGGACGGGUCUCUAACCUCCAUACCAGGCUCACAGGUGGUGAAGCCAGAUCCCAUUUUAUACAACCGCGUCCUGCCUUUACCGUGGCAACUGGAAUAUGGCAAUUUGUCCCCAUAGGUAUGGUAAGCUCAUGAUUCACGUUUCGCAUGCUGAUGACAAGGACAUCCAUCCCAUCAUGGUUCGUGACGACUUGCCAGAUGUGAGUGAGACGAUUAGCGAAUAUGCAUACCAUCCCCAGUAUCUAGUGGUUCUUGGAGAAAAUUAUAGCUACACCCUACAUUGGAGUUCAAGGGUACCACGCAAGUUUGUGUUGGAGGGACUAGGAGUAGAAAAGGAUUAUCCUCUCCGAAUCGCGGUAUGUUUACCCAGGGAUGCGACGUUUGACCUGAAAUCGUGGUCACCAGUGUGGCGAGCGGAUUUAUCACACUGGACACAGGUUAAUAGUUCCAGUGUCUUAUCAAAUGAAACAGACGGCGGCCAAUAUUACUGGGAUACAGAUGUCGGAUUGCUGUUCAUACAGUUACAAAGUACCAGUAAGCGCACGGAGACCGUAGUGAAAGACUGCAGCGGGUUGUGUCCGGUUAUACAGAUUACAAUCAAGUCAGGCGACCUCACCGAUUCCGAUUGCAGAACGAGGGCCUACCCAAAAUAUCGUAAAAUAAUGACAGAAAAACAGAAAGGUACAUUCGAAAAGAUUCUGGAAGGAAAACAGUUGAAGCCACCGAUAGAUGUUGGAGCUGGAUCGUCUAGACCUUUUCCGUCAAGACUGUCGAGUCUAAGGACAAACUGCUGCCAGAAAACGUG